AUGGCGUCUUACUGUUUGACUGUCACUAGGCUGCGGCUGGUCCUUGGAACCGGGGCAAGGCGCAUUCAUGUCACCGCAGCAUUCAACGCCAAGGCCAAAGUGGCCAUGAGCCGCUUUGAGCCUGGCUCCAGCAUCAAUUAUGAGAAGAUGCACGAGAACAUCAACAUUGUACGCAAGAGGCUCAAGAGGCCUCUCACUCUGUCAGAGAAGAUCGUUUACGGUCACCUGGAUGAUCCGGUCGGCCAGGAGAUCGCCCGCGGCCGCACCUACCUACGUCUGCGUCCUGACCGCGUUGCUAUGCAGGAUGCCACGGCUCAGAUGGCAAUGCUUCAGUUCAUCAGCAGCGGUCUGCCCAGGGUGGCCGUGCCCUCCACCAUCCACUGCGAUCACUUGAUUGAGGCCCAGAUCGGAGGGGUUAAGGACCUGCAGAGGGCUAAGGAUCUAAACGAGGAGGUCUACAACUUCCUUUCAACUGCUGGAGCUAAAUAUGGAGUUGGCUUCUGGAAACCCGGCUCUGGAAUUAUCCAUCAGAUCAUCCUGGAGAACUAUGCCUAUCCCGGAGUGUUGCUGAUUGGUACAGAUUCCCACACACCUAAUGGCGGUGGCUUGGGCUCCGUCUGUAUCGGAGUGGGUGGAGCCGACGCUGUGGAUGUCAUGGCUGGAAUCCCCUGGGAGCUCAAGUGUCCCAAUGUGAUUGGAGUGAGGCUGACAGGCACCCUGUCUGGCUGGACCUCUCCAAAGGAUGUCAUCCUGAAGGUGGCUGGCAUCCUGACUGUGAAGGGUGGCACUGGGGCUAUUGUGGAGUACCAUGGACCUGGAGUGGACUCCAUCUCCUGCACUGGAAUGGCCACCAUCUGUAACAUGGGCGCUGAGAUUGGAGCAACCACGUCCAUUUUCCCCUACAACCACCGCAUGAAGACAUACCUGGAGAAAACUGGCCGCGGUGAGAUUGCCUCUUUGGCUGAUCAGUUCCAAGAUGACCUUGUUCCUGAUAAAGGCUGCGAAUACGACCAGACCAUUGAGAUUAAUCUGAGUGAGUUGAAGCCCCACAUCAACGGGCCGUUCACCCCGGAUCUGGCCCACCCUGUGUCUGAGAUCGGGGCUAUUGCUAAGAAGAGCGGCUGGCCCCUGGAGGUUAAAGUCGGUCUGAUUGGCAGCUGCACCAACUCCAGCUACGAAGACAUGGGCAGAGCAGCCUCUCUGGCCAAGCAGGCUCUGGAUAAAGGUCUGAAGUGCAAGGCCCAGUUCACAGUCACCCCUGGUUCUGAGCAGAUCCGAGCCACCAUCGAGAGGGACGGAUAUGCCAAGAUCCUGAGUGAUGUUGGUGGAAUUGUACUCGCCAAUGCUUGUGGACCCUGCAUUGGACAGUGGGACAGGCAGGAUGUGAAAAAAGGAGAGAAGAACACCAUCGUUACUUCCUACAACAGGAACUUCAGUGCCAGGAAUGAUGCUAACCCUGCUACUCAUGCUUUCGUCACCUCCCCUGAGAUUGUCACAGCCAUGGCCAUCGCCGGAACCCUCAACUUCAACCCCGAGACAGACUACCUGACUGCUUCAAACGGAGAGAAGUUCAAGCUGGAGCCCCCCCAUGGUGACGAGCUCCCCUCCAAAGACUUCGACCCGGGCCAGGACACCUACCAGCAUCCUCCAGCUGAGAGCAGCGCUGUCAAGGUGGACGUGAGCCCAUCCAGCAACCGCCUGCAGCUGCUGGAGCCCUUCGACAAGUGGCACGGAAAAGACCUGGAAGACCUGAGGGUCCUCAUUAAGGUGAAGGGAAAGUGCACCACUGACCACAUCAGCGCCGCCGGGCCCUGGCUGAAAUUCCGUGGUCACCUGGACAACAUCUCCAACAAUCUGCUGAUUGGCGCCGUUAACAUUGAGAAUGAUGCCGUGAACAAGAUCAAGAACCAGCUGACUGGAGAGUACGGAGGUGUGCCAGAUGUGGCUCGCCAUUACAAGGCCAACGGAGUGAACUGGGUGGUUGUUGGAGAUGAGAACUACGGAGAGGGAUCCAGCAGAGAGCAUGCUGCUCUGGAGCCAAGACACCUGGGAGGACGCGCCAUCAUCGUCAAGAGCUUUGCCAGAAUCCACGAGACUAACCUGAAGAAGCAGGGCCUGCUGCCUCUGACUUUUGAUGACCCCAGCGACUACGAAAAAAUUCGCCCUGAUGACAAGAUUUCAAUCACCGGGCUGCAAUCUUUUGUUCCCGGCAAGCCCCUGACAGCAGUGAUCAAGCACGGCGAUGGCAGCCAGGACUCCAUAACCCUAAACCACACCUUCAAUGAGACCCAGAUCGAGUGGUUCAAGGCUGGCUCCGCCCUCAACAGGAUGAAGGAGCUCCAGUAAUUGGCGGAGAGAUGGGAGGCAGGGCCCGUAGGGGCCGUCGAGGGGCCUUGGUGUGGGUUAAAGAAAGGGGAGAAAUGUGGGCCUAGAGUGGGGCUUCGCAAAGAGGAAGAGACGGUGUGAAUGGUAGAUAGUAACCAGAUCUGGUUUAGGGACAGCUGUAGUCAUGCUCAGUUAAAGAAAGACUGCACGCACGCACAUACACACACACACAUACAAGGUCGCUGUACAGAUGAAAAGCGCACACACAAGCACGCACAUGCACAGACAGGAUUACUGUGAAAGCACUUCCCGGUUGAAAGAAAGAAUCACACAUUUGCACAUAAUUGCAGAAGCAUAGCUGUGUGUCUCCAUUUUUAGGCAGCGUCGCUUAUACUGGCAGCACUCCUCCAUUUAAAAUCUGAUUCGUCAAGCGUUAUUUGUUCAUCGAGUGUAACCCUUUAGCGCUUUGUCGGUAUCAUACACAAACGCUCAUCUUUCUCCAUCGAAGGGAGUUGUAUAAUUUUUCACGUGAU